AUGAAACCACCAACCCAAGACCAGCAAGCCCUGCUGGACGAGGUAGCAGACCUCGAAAGACGACUACAAGAUGCAAAGGCCCGGCUGAACCCAGGUGCCGUAGUUGCAACUCCCCCUUUCUCGCCACUUCCCAAUGCCGGCCCAUCCCCGCCUGUACCCUCCUUCUCCCCCGCCGAACAAGACGCUGCCCUGCAUGCCCUCCUCUUGCUCGCCGACUCGGCCCUGCCACUAGGGUCUUUUGCUUUUAGCAGCGGCUUAGAGUCGUAUCUCGCGCACCAUAAGCCAGCGACGCCCUCGGCGUCACAGCUGCCGGCCUUUAACACGUUCCUCCGCCUCUCGCUAUCAACGCUCGCCAGCACGUCACUCCCAUACGUAUUUGCCGGGUAUCGCGACUCAAAAGAGAUUGAAACUCUGGAUAAUGACUUUGAUGCGAGCACACCGUGUACUGUGGCACGACGGGCUAGCAUAGCACAGGGCCGGGCGCUGCUUGCUGUUUGGGAUCGAAGCUUCCGAGCGCAGUACAAUAGCACCGAGCAACACACGCGUGAGCACAGCUUGAAUGGCGUAGCAGGCAAGAAUAUAGCUGUCGAAGCGCUUGCAUCCUUUUCUGUCGCCCUCCGCACGUCGGAGCACAUAAACGCCCACCUUGCCCCGCUAUGGGGCCUCAUCACCCGCAUUCUGCAUGUUCCACUGCAGCAAGCUGCCUAUCUGUUUCUGUUUUCCCAUGCGAGGACAGUGGUCAGCGCUGCUGUGAGAGCUAGUGUCAUGGGCCCUUAUCAGGCGCAAGCGGUGCUGGCGAGUGCAGAGCUGCAAGAGAGGAUUCGCGGGCUGGUUGACGAAGGCUGGGAUAAGACAGUCGAGGAUGCAGGCCAGAGUGUGCCAGUCAUGGACCUUUGGGUUGGUAGACACGAGAAAUUAUAUUCGAGAAUCUUUAAUUCAUGA